AUGAGUUACCCAGAGAAGUUCGAGGGGUUCUGCGUGGCAGGCCCGAAAAGCUGGAACGAGUUCAAGAAGGAAACCCUUACGCCCAAGCCGUUUGGUGAUCGCGACAUUGACGUGCAGAUUGAGUGCUGCGGCGUAUGCGGAUCCGACGUGCACACCAUCACCGGGGGCUGGGGCGAGUACGAGGGUCCUUUGUGCGUUGGCCACGAGGUUGUUGGAAAAGCAGUCGCCGUCGGCAAGAGUGUGAAGGAGAUCAAAGUCGGCGACAGGGUGGGCGUGGGCGCCCAGGUCUGGGCGUGCUUGAAGUGCGACCAGUGCAAGAAUGAGAACGAAAACUACUGCCCUCACUUGGUUGAUACGUAUAAUGCCACGUACGAGGACGGCAGCCAGGCGCACGGCGGCUUCGCCAGCCAUAUCCGUGCCCAUGAGUACUUCACGUUCAAGAUCCCCGAUGCGAUCAAGUCGGAGAAUGCCGGCCCGCUCAUGUGUGCCGGCCUGACGACGUACUCGCCGCUUGUGCGCGGCGGCGUCGGCCCGGGCAAGACCGUGGCCAUCGUCGGCAUCGGCGGCCUCGGCCAUCUCGGUAUCCAGUGGGCCAAGGCGCUCGGCGCGGAGGUCUACGCCGUGACCCACUCCCCCGACAAGGCCGAGGACUGCAAGAAGCUCGGGGCCAAGGAGGUCAUCGUCACCAGCGAGAAGGACUGGGCGAAGCCGUACGCGUUCAAGUUCGACUUCAUGCUCAACUGCUCCGACAUGACCAACGAGUUCGACCUCCAGACGUACCUGUCGACGCUCAAGGUCGGCGGCCACUUCCACAUGGUCGGCCUGCCCGACAAGCCCCUGCCCCAGUUCCCCGCGGCCCUGUUCACCACCAACUCGGCCAAGAUGUCCGGCAGCCACAUUGGGAACAAUCAGGAGAUGAAGGCGCUGCUGAAGCUGGCGGCGGAGAAGGGCAUCGCGCCCUGGGUCGAGACGAUUGAUAUCUCCGAAGCGGGAUGCAAGGAGGCGGUUGAGCGGGUCAAGGAGAACAAGGUCCACUACCGGUUCACCCUGGUCGGACACCAAAAGGCUUUUGGAACGGCUUAA